CAUGUAUUUACAUUACUACUAUUGUUUAGUGACAGACUUGACUGUAGGAAGGGAGGGCUACAAAUCCACAAUUGGGUCAUUUCCCGCCAAAACCCAGUCCCCUUCCCUUUAUUAUCUCAUCUCCAUCAGAAAACCCUAGCCAUUUCAGCUUCCAAACUACCAAUAAUAAUUACCCAAAAGAAGAAAAACAAACCCUAAAUGCAAUGAGGGGUGGCACUGUCCAGAUCAAUUGGCACGACACCAAGCCAGUUCUAACCCUAGAUUUCCAUUCUCCCUCUGGAAUUCUUGCCACCGGAGGUGCCGACUUCGACAUUAAGCUAUGGCUAAUAAAUUCUGAUGAAGAGCAAAAGAAAGUCCCUACAGCUUCUUAUCAUACUAGCCUUUCUUACCAUGGUUCUGCUGUAAAUGCUCUUCGCUUCUCUCCUACUGGAGAACAACUUGCCUCUGGUGCUGAUGGAGGUGAGCUGAUCAUAUGGAAGUUGCACUCUAUCGAUGCUGCUCAAGCAUGGAAGUUCCUCAAAACUUUAUCAUUUCACCGUAAGGAUGUGUUGGACCUGGAGUGGUCCACUGAUGGUGCAUUUCUCAUCUCUGGAUCUGUUGAUAAUUCUUGCAUUAUAUGGGAUGUUAACAGAGGCUCUGUCCAUCAGAUCUUGGAUGGUCAUUUCCAUUACGUUCAAGGUGUUGCAUGGGAUCCAUUGUCUAAGUAUGUUGCUUCACUCAGUUCAGAUCGAACUUGCCGGAUUUAUGUCAACAAACCACAAUCUAAAACAAAGGGCAAUGAGAAGAUGAAUUAUGUUUGUCAUCAUGUAAUUACAAAGGUGGAACCACAGAUGGAAGAUGAGUCAAAGGCUGCUAAAAGCCAUCUAUUUCAUGAUGAAACAUUGCCAUCUUUCUUCCGAAGAUUAACCUGGUCGCCUGAUGGAUCAUUUUUACUUGUGCCCGCAGGUUCUCAUAAAUUUACUCCUGCCUCUGAAACAGUAAACACCGCAUAUGUUUUUUCUAGAAAGGAUCUUUCAAGGCCUUCUCUACUUCUCCCUGGUGCCAGUAAACCUGUUGUGGCAGUACGCUUCUGUCCUGUGGCUUUUAGCCUGCGGGGAUCAAAUCCAGCUGCAUUCUUCAAACUCCCCUAUCGGCUUAUUUUUGCAGUGGUCACUUUGAACUCUUUGUACAUCUAUGACACCGAAAGUGUUCAACCAAUUGCAAUCUUAGCUGGACUUCACUAUGCAGCAAUUACUGACAUUGCAUGGUCACCUACUGGCAAGUAUUUAGCAUUGUCCUCUCAAGAUGGCUACUGUACUCUUGUAGAAUUUGAUAAAGAUGAGCUAGGAUCACCUGUUCGCCUAUCAGAGAGAGAGAUGAACACCCAGAAUAAGAGCCCUGUUGCAGAAAAAAAGGAUCUGGCACUUCAAGCAACUACAAAAGAUGGUCCAGAUGCUGAUAGUGGAAAAGAAGCGGUUAAAAUUGAGGAGAAACAACCAUUGUCCAGUUCAACGAGUACACCGAUUUCAAACAAGCCUGCCAAGAGGCGCAUUACUCCAAUGGCCAUUGACUGACUAUAAUUGUCUGUAUAAAUUUCAAUAGGAAUCCAAUUUCAAAAAAUAUAAAUGCAGCCUUUUUGCCUAUUUAGAUCGUGCCACUUAUUGUUUUCUAGACAACCAUAACUGAAGAUGAGGUGAAAUUUGAUGUCAAUUGGUUUAUUCCUGUUAUUUUGGAUCAUUGUACAAGCACUGCUGGUGCAUUGUAUAUUUAUAUAUAUCUAUUUUAAAUCA